AUGGACGUCGUGCGGCAGCUUCUCAAUGAGUCUUGCUACUACAAGCUCCUGGACGUGGAGUUCGACGCCACCUAUGAAGAUAUACGAAGGAAGUACCGCGAAAGGGCGCUUGCGUUCCAUCCAGACAAGCGACCGUUGGAGGAAAAAGAGGAAUGCAAGAAUCUUUUUCAAAAAAUCCAACAAGCGUACGAAUGUCUCUCUAACGAUGAGACACGAAGGUGGUACGACAAAAACAGGCACCUUAUCCUAAAAUCGCAACGACAGCACGAUACCGACGAUUUCGACAUCUGGUACUACUUCGGAUCGUGCUACAGUGGAUAUGAUGAAUCCAAACGAAACAACUUCUUCGAAGUUUAUCGCAGAUGCUUCGCCAAAAUAGCCGAACUCGAAAUGCGCGAAUUGCAAUAUGAACCGGAGCUCGAAUUGGACGAGUUCCCGGAGUUCGGAACAUCGCAAACCGAUUGGAAAGAGGUUAACAAGUUUUAUCUCUUCUGGCAAAACUUUGCCACAAUACGUGCUUUCAUGUGCAACGAUAUGUGGCAAGUUGAGGGUCGGAUGCACCGACGGUACUUCGAAAGGAAGGUCAAGAAAGAGCACAGCAAACUCAAGAAGGAGUUUAACGAGAGCGUGCGAAACCUCGCUAAUAUGGUCAAAAACAUGGACCCCAGGGUCAUGCGCUAUAAGCAGGAGCAAGAAGAACUUAAGGCGCAGAUGAAGCUGGAAAGCGUAAAACUUAAAGAAAAACUCGACGAAAUCAAGCAUGUCGUCAAAAGUGAAAUAAUAAAUAAUAUGAGGCAACACAUUGACGAAAUCGAAAGGCAGAAGGAAAUCUUACAGCAACAAGAUACUUCCAGAGUGUUUGCGUCAAAUUAUGAUGACGAAAUGCCGCAGACUGAAGAACAGUUCUUCGCGUGCCGAGUGUGCAACAAAGUUUUCAGAUCGAGUAACCAGCUCGAUAACCACCUGAAAUCUAAACAACACCAGAAAAACGCUAGAGGUAAAUGA